AUGGGGGGCCUGCACCCCCACACCUGCAACCUGUGGGUCUCCCCAGCUCACCUGCCCUACUGGGGCCCAACACUGUACCCAACUGGUUGGGAGGACCAGAGCCUGUCUCAGGGAAUUGCCCCCAGAGGGCUUAGAGCCUGGACCUCCUGCCCUGGGGGUCAUCGGGGCCAGGACUCUCCGGGUGCCUUCCUGCUGCCCCAGCCAGGGCCUUUUACUCCCCAGCUGCAAUGUCACCUCCUCAGCAGAGCCUUCCCAGCCUCAGCUUCCUCUGCCUCCUCGCCUCACUGCAGCCACCUUCCUCCACCUGUCCCCACUGUCCCAGCUGCUGUGAAAUGGGCAAAUGUCUUACCCCCAGAACCUGGGAGGGGUGAUGCAGCUCACCUCCCUCCCGUUCACACCUCAGCUGCCCCAACCAGCUCCCAGCUACCCACGCAGCAACUCCUCCUGGCCCCGCCCUGCCCAGCCCCUCCCAGGUGCCUGAGGUGGAGGCACCAGCUCCCACAGCAGCCCAGCGGCCCGCCAUGUGGGGGUCUAAGGCCUUGGGCCCGAUACGGGCUGCUAGUUGUGGGCCACUUGCUGGCCCUGGGGCUUGGGGCCACAGUGUUCCAGGCCCUGGAGGGGCCUCCGGCACACAGGCUCCAGGCUGAGCUCAGGGCAGAGCUGGCUGCUUUCCAGGCCAAGCAUGGAGCCUGCCUGCCACCCGGAGUACUGGAAGAGCUGCUGGGCACUGCCCUGGCCACCCAGGCCCAUGGGGUCUCCAACCUGGGCAACAGCUCAGAGGCCAGCAACUGGGACCUGCCCUCAGCCCUGCUCUUCACUGCCAGCAUCCUCUCCACCACAGGUUAUGGCCACAUGGCCCCACUAUCGGCAGGCGGAAGGGCCUUCUGUGUGGUCUAUGCAGCCCUGGGGCUGCCAGCCUCCCUAGCUCUAGUGGCCACCCUAUACCACUGCCUGCUGCCUGUGCUCAGCCGCCUGGGUAGCUGGGUAGUGGUCCACUGGCAGCUGUCGCCAGCCAGGGCUAUCCUGCUGCAGGCAGUCUUUGUGCUGCUGCCAGCGCUCGUGCUGUGGGGCCUUCAGGGUGACAGCAGCCUGCUGGGGGCCAUCUACUUCUGCUUCAGCUCGCUCAGCACCAUUGGCCUGGGGAACCUCCUGCCCAGCCACGGCCACGGCCUGCACCCCAUGAUUUACCACGUGCGCCAGCUUGCACUUCUUGAUUACUUGCUUCUAGGACUCUUGGCCAUGCUGCUGGCUGUUGAGGCCUUUUCCAAGCUGCCACAGGUCCGUGCCGUGGAGAAGUUCUUCAGGCCCUGUGGCCCUGUGACUGCUGCAGACCAAGGUGGCAUCCUACAGCAGGAUGAACUGGCUCUGAGCACCCUGCCACCGGCGGCCCCAGCUUCAGGACAGGUCCCUGCUUGCUGAAGCGUGAGGUGACCGAGUUCAGCUCCAGUAUGGUGCCGGUGGCAGCCGGGAGGAGGAAGCAGCCAGGAGUGGCUGGGGAAGAAUCUGGAAAUCUGGCCGGCAGGGUGAGCGGGAGGCCUCAGGGAAUAAGUGUUAAUCAUAAAAUGAGCAACGA